GGAGUUUCGCGGGGGAUUCUAAACCUGGUCUCCGGCGCAGAUAAAAUCCGAGAACUCACAGAAACCAAACAACGAUUGAAAAAACCACAGAAGAUCCUCACUACACUUUACGAUUCUGCGAAUACCCACGAACAGACAAAAGGGAUAAGAUAAAGAAACAAUGGCGAUGUCAAGUACAACCAGCACCACUUCUGCGGCUGAGCCUGACACUCCGUACCAAGUCCUGUUGGCAACAUAUUCUUCUCCAAACAACGAAAAGUUUGAGCACGUCCAUAAACUACCUACGCCGCCUGCAUCAGACAAAGUCAGUGAGAGAACCGCAUAUUUAGGGGCCUUACGGAAAGCUACAGGGGAUAUGCAAGAAAGAAUCAAUAAGGAGUUGACUGCACGAAUGGAGGAAGAUAAGCUACGAGAAGCUGAAAGUGCUGAUGGUCCAAAGGUUCAUGGUGGGGUAAUUGAUGAAGCCAAGGAAGAAGACAAUUAUGGGGAGGAGGUUGUGGAAGAGGAAGAUUGAAGUAUUUGUUCAUGAUUAUAAUGUUCGAUGUUUGAUGCUGCA